AUGGCUAACAGAAGCUCGACCUCACCGGAGAUCACCCCGUCGAGAUCAAGAUGCAUCGUGGAGCACGACACCGAGAAGCUCAGUUUCGAGCUGAUCAAUUACAUGCAGCUCAAGGGCAUGGAGGUCGGCAAGUUCGUCAGCUCGCCCGUCUGCAGAGUCGGCGGCUACGAGUGGGAGAUCAGAUUCUACCCGGAUGGGCUUAACAAGGAGUAUACCGGCAACACAUCGUGCUUCCUUUGCUACCUCGGCAAAGACCAAGAUGUGAGAGCCAAGUUCUCGCUGAGCAUGCAGGAGACAAAGGGCCUGCAGGCACAGGUAGCCAGCUUCGGUACGCUGGAUUACGCCUUCACUACGGGGUUGAACGAGUUCGGCUACCCCCAGUUCGUGACGACGUCGAAGCUCAAAUCCCUGGCUCGCUUCGGCGACGGCUGCUUCACGAUACGGUGCGUGCUCAGCGUCAGCAAGGAGUCCCCGCCGCUGGAACUACACGAUGACCUCGAGCGCAUGCUCGAGGAGGGGCUGGGUGCGGACGUCACGUUUGGCGUGGGCGGCCGGGAGUUCGACGCGCACAGGUACAUCAUGGCGGCACGGUCGCCGGUGUUCCGGGCGCAGUUCUUUGGCCCGAUGGCGGAGAAGGACAUGAGGCACGUGGAGGUCAUCGACGUGGAACCUACCAUCUUCGAGAUGAUGCUUCGCUACAUCUACAACGAUAAACUCCCGUCCUGCAACAACGAGGGAGGAGGCUACAACGCUGCAAUAUAA